AUGAAUCUAUUCACAGACUCAUAAGCGAUCAAAUUUUUAACAAAUUGUGAAGACCUUUUAAAUUCAACACUUGACCAAGGCUAACUUGAUUAAAUGUGUCAUGAACUCAUUGACUCUUUUUGUAAUUUUUAGAAAUAUCUUUAGAUUUAUAUUUAGAGGAAAUAUAAAACUACAAGAGUGAAAUAUGCUUUGAAUUGAAAUCAAAAUAAGCUGAAAUCGAUAUGCUUAACUUUUAGAUUUCAAAAUAAACAAAUCAACUUGAAGAUCAAAAAAGCGAUUUAAAUAGAUAGAUUGAUAUCUGCUAAUAAUUAGAAUAAUAGUUGCAAUUCUUUGAAGAGAAAUCUUUGAAAUCUGAAAAAGAAAUUUUAAAGGUAGAGACUGAAUUGAGAAAAAAACUUCAUUAGCAGAAUUAAUAAUAUCGAGAUUAGAUUUAAACAUUAAUGAGUGUACAAUAAGAAAUAGAUAAACAGAUUCUUCAACUCUCUAGAGAAAAAGGCUAACUUUAAUUAUAAUUUGAACAACUCUAGAAGAAAUAUGAAGAUUAGUAAUUUUUGAUAUAAAAUUUGGCUGAGUAAUUGGCUAAUGUACAAACCAAUUCAAGUAUUAUUACUAAAAUACAGUAAAAUAAUAAUUCUAUAGAUGAUAGUUAAGAUGAAUCAAUUGAACUAAAAUCAUAACAAAAAGAAAGUUAGUAUUCAAAUUGUAUAUCACAUAAUUAAAUUAAUUUUAAAUGGGAAAAAAUUUAACCUAGUAUAUCAUCCAUUAGGAAUUCUAUAACAAUAAUAAAUCCAACAAAUACGAAAUGCGACAUAUAAUCAAGAGAAAAAAUUAAAUCCUUUGUACUUCUAAGUACUAGCAAAGAAAAGUAAUAUGAUCCUUAUUAUGAAUUUUUUAAAUUGGUUAUUUUUUUUAAUAAUUUUAGAUUACUCAAUGUGUUAAACUAGACUUAGGAUAAGCUCAUAUAUAUACUAUGAAUUUUGAUCAUCUUUUCGAAAAGUUUAAAAAAGAUUGUAUACCUUUCAAUCAAUGGUAUUAGAAAAUAAUAGACGAGAUUUUUUCAUGA